CACACUGAAAGUAUUCUCCAUAGCCAACACACCAGCAGACUUCACCAGCUUAGUGAAAGCCAGAUACAUUGUUCCACGCAAGAAUGAAGACUUUGCAGACCACUUUUUUUUUGUUUGUGUUUGUACCUUUGACGAAGUCAGCACCACCUAUACAGCAAGAAUCACUCCAGUUUUAUGAGUAUGAUACAGAUGUUACCAUGGGAAACCUGAUUCAACAAGAUUAUGAAAUGCAGUCCAAGGACAUAAGAAAGGAUGGAAUAAAUGUUUCUCUUGACACUUCCCUAAGACUGCAAGCGGAUGACAGCGAUAGCAAUGUACAACCAACAAAGGAUACAAAUUUACCUACUUGUCUGCUCUGUGUGUGUUUAAGUGGAUCAGUGUACUGCGAGGAAAUAGACAUCGAAGCUGUACCCCCACUGCCAAAGGAAACAGCAUAUCUUUAUGCACGAUUUAAUAAAAUAAAAAGGAUAGCAGUCUCAGAUUUUGCUGACAUUACUACCUUGAGAAGAAUUGAUUUUAGUGGAAAUAGGAUAGAAGAAAUAGAAGAUGGAGCCUUUUCAAAGCUUUUGUUAUUGGAAGAACUUUCUCUUGCUGAAAAUCGACUUCUAAAACUCCCUGUUCUACCUCCCAAACUAACAACAUUUAAUGCAAAUCAAAAUAGAAUCAAGAGCAGAGGAAUCAAAGCAAAUGCUUUCAAGAAGCUGACAAAUUUGGCCUAUCUCUACUUAGGACAUAACGCACUGGAAUCUGUUCCCCUUAACUUACCGGAAAGUCUGCGUAUUCUUCACCUUCAGUACAACAAUAUCACUACAAUCACCGACGACACAUUCUGCAAAUCUAAUAACACACGUUACAUCCGCACACAUAUGGAUGAGAUAAGGAUGGAAGGGAAUCCGAUCCUCUUGGCAAAGCAUGUCAAUGCUUUUUCCUGCUUGAGAACACUGCCCGUAGGAACAUACUACUAGCCACUACUUACGUAGUUACACAUGCCAAAACUUAAACAUGGUAACAAAAGAUCAUUCUUUUUCCUCUGUUUAUAUGUUUAUAU